UCCACUCUGUGCAGCUCGAGUUCGAGGCCGUGGGGAAGCAGAUUCGCGACCUGGAACAGAGGCAGGCCCAGCUGAGAGAGCGGAGAGCCGCGCUGGAAUCAUCCCGGGCUGACGCUCACAAGUCCGGGGCCCGGUGCACCCAGGACGCGAUCUUCCCAGAUGUCCUUCACUGCGACGCCGGGACACCACGGACCCUGGGUGCAUCCACAGCGGAGGACGCGAGCCGGGUCCCGGGCGACGACUUCUCCCCCUCCUGCCUUCGAGAUCUCCAUCCAGAACCGCUUCGCUCCUCUCCGCGAGACAGGACGCGACGCUGUGAUCAUCGGAGACUCCAUCGUCCGACACGUUAGUGCUACGUUAGCCGAAGGUAAAGUGCACACUCAUUGUUUGCCUGGUGCUCGUGUUCUCGAUGUUUCUGCGCAGAUACCCGCGAUCCUGAAGGACGACGAGAGCCCCAGAGAGGUCGUGCUUCACGCCGGGGUUAAUGACACCACGCUGCGGCAGACGGAGACGCUGAAGAGGGACUUCAGCAGCCUGAUCGAGAUGGUACGCAGCACGACGCCCGCGGCGACGAUCGUUGUGUCAGGACCAAUGUCCACGUAUCGACGAGGACACGAAAGGUUCAGUAGACUUUUUGCUUUAAAUGAAUGGUUGUUGUCAUGGUGUAAAGAACAGAAACUGCUAUUUGUUAAUAACUGGAAUCUUUUCUGGAAGCGUCCUAGACUGUUUCGCACCCCAGCAGAGUCGGAGCGGAGCUGCUAUCUGACAACAUCUCCAGGAAACUUCGCUCCAUGUGACUAG